AUGACGUCCCCUCAACCGGUCAGUACGCCCGCUGAGACCGAUGAGGUGGCUGUCACUACUGCAGCCCCUGUGACUGGCGAAGUGACCAUCAGCACGGCAGCUGGGGAGGCUCCCGGUAGAGACAAGGAUGACUCUGAUGCUACCACCCCGGUCGCUACGGAGGCUGCAACUGUCACGACUACGAUCGGUGCUCCUGUUGAGCCUACUACUAUCACGUCCCCUUUCCCGGUCAGCACAGCUGCUGUGACGGAUGAGGUUGCUGUCACUACUGCAGCUCCUGUGACUGGCGAAGUGACCAUCACGACGGCAGCCGGGGAAGCUCCCAGUAGAGACAAGGAUGAUUCUGAUGCCACCAACCCGGUCGCUACUGAGACUGCGGCUGUCACUACUACGAUCGAUGCUCCUGUUGAGCCUACUACUCCCACGUCCCCUCUACCGGUCAGCACAGCUGCUGUGACCGAUGAGGUUGUUGCUACUACUGUGGAGACGACCGAUUCCGAGACUACUCUCAGUCCGAUUGUGUAG